AAACUCCAGUCUUGCAGUACACCUUGAAGGCCAGUCCAGUAAAGACCAAACAUGUGUGACGACGAUGAGACCACCGCCCUUGUGUGCGACAAUGGCUCUGGCCUGGUCAAGGCUGGGUUCGCCGGUGAUGAUGCUCCCCGUGCCGUCUUCCCAUCCAUUGUUGGACGUCCCCGUCACCAGGGUGUGAUGGUGGGUAUGGGUCAGAAGGACAGCUAUGUGGGAGACGAGGCCCAGAGCAAGAGGGGUAUCCUGACUCUGAAGUACCCCAUUGAGCACGGCAUCAUCACCAACUGGGACGACAUGGAGAAGAUCUGGCACCACACCUUCUACAAUGAGCUGCGUGUGGCCCCAGAGGAGCACCCCACCCUGCUGACUGAGGCUCCCCUCAACCCCAAGGCCAACAGGGAGAAGAUGACCCAGAUCAUGUUUGAGACCUUCAACGUCCCCGCCAUGUAUGUGGCCAUCCAGGCUGUGCUGUCCUUGUAUGCCUCUGGUCGUACCACCGGUAUUGUGCUGGACUCUGGUGAUGGUGUGACCCACAACGUGCCCAUCUAUGAGGGUUAUGCUCUGCCCCACGCCAUCAUGCGUCUGGAUCUGGCCGGUCGCGAUCUGACUGACUACCUCAUGAAGAUCCUGACUGAGCGUGGCUACUCCUUCGUUACCACCGCUGAGCGUGAGAUUGUGCGUGACAUCAAGGAGAAGCUGUGCUAUGUGGCUCUGGACUUUGAGAAUGAGAUGGCCACCGCCGCCUCCUCCUCCUCCCUGGAGAAGAGCUACGAGCUGCCCGACGGCCAGGUCAUCACUAUUGGCAACGAGCGUUUCCGCUGCCCCGAGACCCUGUUCCAGCCUUCCUUCAUUGGUAUGGAGUCUGCUGGCAUCCAUGAGACCGCAUACAACAGCAUCAUGAAGUGCGACAUUGACAUCCGCAAGGACCUGUACGCCAACAAUGUGCUGUCCGGUGGUACCACCAUGUACCCUGGUAUUGCUGACCGUAUGCAGAAGGAGAUCACCGCUCUGGCCCCUAGCACCAUGAAGAUCAAGAUCAUCGCUCCCCCUGAGAGGAAAUACUCUGUCUGGAUCGGAGGUUCCAUCCUGGCCUCUCUGUCCACCUUCCAGCAGAUGUGGAUCAGCAAGCAGGAGUACGACGAGGCUGGCCCCUCCAUCGUCCACAGGAAGUGCUUCUAAAUCUCCAACCAGCACCAAAACACCACUCCAACUGCACCAACUUUCCUCCCAUCCGCGUUUGUACUGUGUCUUUUACUGUAUAUACAUGUACUGUUGUAAUAAAAAUAGUUGCCUGUAACAGU